CUCAGCCAUCUCCCGACGACCUUGAGGCUGGAGCGCCCGCUCCCGGUUGACCGCCGCGCGCGAACCUUCGACAGUGAUGUCGCUGCAGAUGCCACCGUGGUUCAGCCCCCCGACUCAGGGCGCAGGCGGCGGCGCGGGAGCGGGCGAGGGCGCGGCCGCCAAGAAGGGCAGGAAUGGCGACAAGGGCGACAAGGGCGACGUCAUGAAGCUGCUGACGGCGAUCGGACGCCUGGCGCUGGCGCAGGCUCGCGCGGUGGCGACGUGCAUGGUGCCCCUCUCGCGGGGGCUCCCCGCGGCCACGCAGAAGGCGGGUGAAAAGUACGAGGAGGGCAGCAAGGCGAUGAGGUCGGCCAGCGCCACGCAGGAGCAGUACAAGCAGCGCGGGCCGCCACGCAUCCACGUCUUCUUGGCGGCGUUCCAGCACGUGGCGGAGCGCGCGGCAGUGGCGGGCCAGGACGCGGAGAAGACCAACGCGCUCGAGGCCAAGCAGUGUUGGAAAAACCACAUUGCGUCGAGCGACAUGGAAAGCAUGGCAGAGGCGGUGCUCUACUUCAGGCUUCAGCAGUGCCUCGUCAUCACGAACUUCAACAAGGACACGAGACUGGCCUCCAUGUGCAGUCCCUACAUCACGCAGGUGCUGGACUACGAGGGGGCGACGGCAGUCCACGGCUCGGGCCCCAGAGGCCCCCUCGAGGGGGAGAUCGCGAAGAUGGUCAAUCAUGCGAAGUAGACCACUCCGCCCUGGCGAUCCGUGCAGGAGGCACGGACAGCCGACGGGGGCAGUUUUUUUUUUCUCGGCAGCUCGGCACGACGGGCGGAGCUGGAGGCGCGAGGCAGCAUCAGUGCCGAGACCGCAGCCAAGGCGCGAUCGGGAACCGUGCUUGUAAGCAGUUAUGCCGACGAAGCUAUGUCUGCUGCGCCGCUAGUUUUGACCUGGCCACGGUCGUGGCGCGCCAGGCAGACGCGGUGGGCGCGGAGGACGUGAUGGCGGGCGAGGCUCUCGCGCCUGAGUGGGCGCCUCCUGUAGGGGUGCGUGCCUUGGGGAGGUUGCUCGCGGGUCUGUGCCCCAAAAGGGAGCGCAGGCAGGGUUUACGGAGCUAGUUGUUUUCCUCCGCGUUGGGGUGGCUUUACCCCGUCUCAGGACCCAUAUGCACUCGAGUAGAGUACUUGUCGACAGCUGGGUAGCUUAGUCAGAGCAGGACGGAUGUGUAUUCCCCGAGGUUUGCUUGCUUGCUCCGCCUCCGCCUCCUCCUCCUCCUCCUCCUCCUCCUCCUGCUCCUCCUCCUCCUCCUCCCAUCAGAGGAGGAUAGUGGCGAGGAGGAUGAGCGCGAAGAGCUGCCUGGAGGGCAACUUCUAGCGGACAGGCAUAGGACAUUGAAAUGCAGUUUGUUCGUUGACAGCUGUCGGCAUGUUUGUUCCAGGUGUUUGUGUUGGCCGCAAGGAGAUGCAUUGUGUUGCUUGGACUAUGCUUUUGGACGGCUACUAUUGCUCUUGCCCCUUCCUCCUUGUCCCUCUCUUCUAGUCCUCUUAUCCCGCACUCCGUGUCCCUCUCCUUCCCCCUUCUCUCCCUCAUCCUCUGGCGCCUGCCGCCGCUUGGCCCGCGGAUCACUUCGGAUGCUGAGGCAGUCAAACUCCUAGCCGUGGGCCCGCACCUUGCACUUGCGUGCGCGUCCUUCCAGGUCCCUCCGGCGCUGGCUUGUUCUGGUGCGGGGGCCCUGGUCAUCCAGGCAUCGCGAUC